AUGUCGAGUGACCUAGGGUCUUGCAACCUCUCCGAGCCUUCGCCAGCUCCUGCGCUUGAAGUUGAUGGAGUACGUAUCCCACGGCUCUACCCCCCAGCCUCGAAAUCAGAUGCUCUAGCGUCUCAGGCCCUCGAAUCUAAAAACUUCGAGUCCAAUGUUCCUCAGUCCGAAGGUGGUCGUGACGAGUCCGAGCCAGAACAAGGUCGACGAGACCUGCCUGAAGACGACCGAUUCGACAGGAUGUGGAUAAAGCCAUACAAGAAGUUGGUGUUCCCACAAGAUGGCGAUUAUGCGAAGGCGCGUCAAGAGUUAGAAGUCCAAAAGCAAGUCGCGAUAGCUUUUGUGGGCGAUCACACGCUUCAGGAGCUUCGCAAAGUGUGGCUCAAAAUGCCCAUCCGCAGCAAGAUGCGACAUCUCGCACAUAUCCUGCUUGGAUGCCUUGCCGAUGGUGCUCGGAGAACUCUCCUCAUGCUAUCUGUUCUCCCCGUGGUCCCUCGCGACUGGAGAACUCGAUGCGAUUGUCUUUGCUACCUCGAUAUGGUCUAUCGGACUGAGAUCGAUGCGGACCCUUAUCUUCAGAAAUUGUUUACACAGCAAAUAGCUCUAGUCUCUCGCAUCCAGACCUGGCCCGAGGAGACGAUGCCGUUCCACUUCCUGGUGCUCCUUUUGCGGCACAAUGACGCAGAGCAUUGCGAAAAGAUCAUUAAUACCCUCUUCCGGAAUUGUGCACCGGUGCCGCCACGGCUCAUUUUAGUUAUGGUGGACCACUUUACGAAACUUGGCGACGCGGAUCGAGCAAUAGAACUCCUCUCCUGCAUUCCUCCGGACCAAAGGGAAGAACACAAGGUGCGGAUUCUGGACCGCUGUGCCAAGCUUAUAACAAUUGACACAGUCGAAGAAUCUGACACCGUGGGUAACUUCCGGGCACUUCCCAAGUUGAUUGAACUUGGCAUGCCAAUGGACGCGAAGGCGCAUAACCUCAUCAUUGAGCGAGCAAUUUCUCUGAAAGUGCCUGAUGUUGCAUGGGAAGUCUUCCGUUUCAUGGAAGUCAAGCAUAUCCACGUUGACGAACGCAGUCACCUUUUCUUGCUCAAGGAUAGUUUCGAAAGACAGAAUCGGGAAAAACUGGAUGAAAUUAUGUCUGCUAUCCACCAACGCGAAGACCUCUACAAAUACCCGUACCUGGUAACAUACAUGAUGCAUAUCGUGAGGGUUGUUUGCACGAUCGACCGCAAGUUACCCGCUGGGAUAUCAGUGUCACACCUUCUCGCCAUCUACGACCGAGCCUACGACCGAGCUCCGCUGAUCAAGCUUGGUAUUGUGAAUCCUCUGCCCACCGACAAGUCUCUUUCCAUGAAGCUCAAUGAGCCUCCGCCGGCAGUCCUCGGAUUUACAAUUUGGGCCUACGUUCUCUGCCAGCGAGACGAGCGACUUGUCUCGGCCUUGUGGUAUUGGAUAAUCCAUAUGAUUAAACAACAGGACACAAGCAUUCUCGAGUGCGCUAAACAUGACAUCAUGUACAAUGGUUUCAUUCACUUCUACGCGCGCAGCCGAUUUUUCCUGAGAAAAGCGGUGGACGUUGUGGAAGCCAUGAUUGAGCGCAAUCUGUGCCCACCCACCGAGAGAACGUGGAGCGAAGUACUUUGUGGCUUCUUGCAACACGGUGAAGAAGAGGCUGCAGAGAAAAUUUGGAGGAUGAUGCUGGCACGAGAUGUUCAGCCCACCGAGCAGGGCUACGCAUUUCUCUUGGGGAAGUAUGAUGAAAGCCAACUUGCCAAGUUGGUCAGAUAUGUCCUGGACGAACGGCGAAUUCCUGAUGGGCUCGACACGACUCUCAAGUGGCAAGAUGACGCAAACGCCACUGCCGAAGGUGCCGGAACAGACGCCCUCGACUCUCGACGAUCGGUUGAGGAUGAGCAAGCAGUCGAGAGAGAUGGAAUCUUUGAGAGUUAUGGAUUCAAGGAAGCCCCUGAGGGCGCUAAUAUGUACCAAUAG